UUCCCCAUCACCUCAACUAUAUAAGACCACACAAUAUUGUUACUUUAUACACACAAAACUUCCAUCUCUCUCUCUCUCUCUCUCAUGAAUUAGGAUCUUGUUCUUGUGCAACAAGUAUGCGUCCACCAGUGAAGAGGAUUGAUUACAAAGUAGGAGACAAAGUGGAAGUAUGCAGCAAAGAACAAGGGUUUGUGGGAUCGUACUACGAAGCCACAAUUGUUUCAUGUCUUGAGAAUGGAAAAUAUGUUGUUCGUUACAAGAAUCUUCUAGAAGAUGACAAUUCUAAACCUCUCAAAGAGACAAUUUUCCCAAAAGAGCUUCGUCGAUUACCGCCACAUGUCCGAAAUCUCCCCGAGUUUCGGCUAAACCAAAAAGUUGAUGUAUUUGAUAACGAUGGUUGGUGGUUAAGGAAAAUCAUUAGUGAGAAGAUCCUCUCACGAAAGAGGUAUUACUAUAUGGUAUAUUUCUUUACUACUCAUGAAGUGAUUUACUACCCUUGUAAUCGAAUAAGGGUUCAUGAGUGGUUUCAUCGAGAGUGGAUCUUGGAAGCUUAAUUCAUAUCAUGAUGAUGAUCAUCAUGAUAUUAAGGCUCUCUUUUUCUUUUUUCAUAUAUUGAUAUGGAAUUAGGAUAUAUGUGGUCUAUAAGAUUGAUUACAUUAAUUACAUUUAAAAUUGGUACAAUGGCCCUUUUUUCAUGUAUUUUCAAUUGGUAAUUGCCAGUAUA